UAUUACAGUUUUUAUUUAUGAACUGAAGCUUUAAAUUCAAAUCAUUGGACACAAUGGAAAAUUCUGCAAAAAUGGAGGAUUGUAAAAAAAUCUUUCAAGAUGAAGAGGCAUCUGUAGUUUCCAAAACAGAACUCUCUAUCAACAUUAAUGAAAUUGAAUGCUCUGAUGGAAAGGACGCUGACAGUGUUCAGGAAAGUACACCAAAAAAGGGAAAACUAGAGUUUCAGAGUGACUCUGAAGUUAAGACUGCCAGUUGUGGAGAGGGCACUCCAUCAAAUACAAGAAAGUUGGAUAAUGAAAUUAUUCCUGAGAAAAGAGCUGCAGCAGGUGACGAAGAGAGUAUUUCACGAACGAGAAAGUUAGAAACUGAUGAUCCAAAAGAUGAUACUUCUAGUUGUGGAGAUGGCACUCCUGCAAAAAAGAGAAAAUUGGAAGGUGAAGAUGUUCCUAUAAAAUGCAAGCAUUUAGAAGAAGGACAUGGCUCAACAGUAGCUGCUCACUACAAUGAGCUUCAGGAAGUUGGCUUGGAGAAACGAAGCCAGAGUCGUAUUUUUUACCUUCGAAAUUUUAAUAAUUGGAUAAAGAGUGUCCUCAUUGGAGAAUUUUUAGAAAAAGUGCGGCAGAAAAAGAAGAGUGACAUCACUGUAUUGGAUCUGGGCUGUGGAAAAGGUGGAGAUUUACUCAAGUGGAAAAAGGGCAGAAUUAGCAAACUAGUUUGUACUGAUAUUGCUGAUGUUUCCAUCCAGCAGUGCCAGCAGCGUUAUGCUGACAUGAAGAAUCAUUGUCGUGACCAUGAGUACAUUUUCAGUGCAGAAUUUGUAACUGCAGAUAGCUCAAAGGAACUCUUGAUGAAUAAGCUUCGUGAUCCAGAGAUGUCCUUUGACAUUUGCAGUUGUCAGUUUGUGUAUCAUUAUUCAUUUGAAACUUAUGAACAGGCUGAUAUGAUGCUCAGAAAUGCUUGUGAGAAACUUUGCCCUGGAGGAUAUUUUAUUGGCACUACACCAAAUAGCUUUGAGCUCAUAAAACGCCUUGAGGCAUCAGAGACAGAAUCAUUUGGAAAUGAAGUCUACACUGUAAGGUUUCAGAAGAAGGGAGAAUAUCCUUUAUUUGGAUGCAAAUAUGACUUCAAGUUGGAAGGUGUUGUGGAUGUUCCAGAAUUUUUGGUUUAUUUUCCUUUGCUGAUUGAAAUGGCAAAGAAGUAUAACAUGAAACUAGUUUACAAAAAAACAUUUUUGGAAUUCUAUGAAGAAAAGAUCAAGAAUAUUGAAAACAAACUGCUCCUAAAACGAAUGCAAGCAUUAGAACCAUAUCCAGCAAAAGAGAAUUCCAAGCUUGCCUCGGGGAACUUGGGUGAUUAUGAACAUGCUGCAAAAUAUAUGAAAAAUAGUCAAGUUAGAUUACCUUUGGGGACCUUAAGUAAAUCCGAAUGGGAAGCUACAAGUAUUUACUUGGUUUUUGCAUUUGAAAAGUUGCCGUGAAUAUAAAACUGUCAAGAAGACUGGUUUAUCCUACUUUGUGCAGACAUGGAGGAUUCACAAUCAGCAUUAGCAACUUAGCUUUAAUCUUUUUCUUGCCCUUUUUUGUUUUUAUUUUUAUCUUCCUUUUUUAAAAAAAUUGUGAACAUGUAGGACCUUGCCAAGAACUAGGACAAACACAUGU